AUGAAAAGAUUGAUAGGCUUAGCAUUAGCAUUUGGUGCAGGUAUUGGUGCUUCAAAAGUUUUUCAAUGGACACCAGUAUCCAGCGGUCACCAACAUGGUGAACAAACACCAGGAUCAAAAAUGACUGCAAAAGGACACAUUCUAGAUAUGGGUGCUCGAAUGGCAGGUCAUUUUGCUCCAGUAAAUAGUAUUCAUCAACAUGUAUGUGGUUUUCAUUUUUAUUCUGGUCAAAUGAAUCGACAAUUAAUUGCUCAUCAUUAUUGUUCACAUAUUAAUCAAGAUGUUCGUCAAUGUGUUAUUUAUGAUAGUGAUCGUCCAGAUGCACGUCUUAUUGGUAUUGAAUAUAUUAUUUCAGAAGAUCUUUUUAAUCAAUUAUCUUCGGAAGAAAAAAAAUUAUGGCAUUCACAUGUAUAUGAAGUUAAAAGUGGUUCGUUAAUAGCACCUGGCGUACCAGAUAUUGCUGAAAAAGAAGUUAUGAAAGAAUUAAUUCAUACGUACGGAAAAACUUUUCAUACAUGGCAAGUUGAUCGUGGUGAUACACUUCCUCUUGGGGUUCCACAAUUAAUGAUGGCUUUUGUACAAGAUGGACAAUUGAAUGACGAUUUAUUACGUCAACGUGAUGAAUAUUAUAAAGUUUCGUCGGAAGAAAAAAAACGUUUACGUGCUGAUAUUGAAGAUCCAAAAGAUACUAAAGGAGCUGAUGCUUGGUUAAAAUCAGGCAAAGCAGUACAAAUAACAACGACUGAAUCCAAAAUGAAACUAACGAAAUAA